ACAAUUGAAUCGUAUUCGAAAUCAUAUUACAUUACUUAAGAAUGUUGAAUUUUUUAAGAUAUUAUGUUAUCAGUGUAUUUAAUUUCACACUCGCUUGAGUUGUUUAUAGUUUUUUAAUGAUAUUACAAACUAGUGAAUAUAGGUUGAUCCUACUGAUUUAUGUGUUUGUUUUGUAAUACAAUUUGAUGGCAAUAUUAUGGAAGAUGUUUGUGUCUUGAAUUGAGGUUAUGUUGUAAGGUAAAAUGAUUUCUAGCUGGUAUCUUCCUCGGAUUUUUCGUCGAAAUUUAAAAAGAUGUAUCAGAAGACUUUCAACAACAGAUGUCCUAGAGGUAUCUAUGAAAAGUGGAAGCGAAUCUGCCAGGAAUCUGGCAAAAAUCCGAAACAUAGGCAUCUUAGCUCAUAUUGAUGCAGGGAAAACUACAACAACAGAGAGAAUGCUAUUCUAUUCUGGCAGAAUUAGGCACAUGGGUGAAGUACACUUAGGCAAUACGGUAACUGAUUACAUGGAACAGGAACGUAAUAGAGGUAUAACUAUAACAUCAGCUGCUGUUACAUUUUCAUGGAAUGGACACAGAUUCAACCUGAUUGACACCCCUGGUCAUAUAGACUUUACGAUGGAGGUGGAACAAACACUGAAUGUGAUGGACGGCGCUGUCGUUGUAUUAGAUGGGUCAGCAGGUGUGGAGGCUCAAACACUGACAGUGUGGAGACAGGCAGACCACUACCAGAUACCCAGGAUUGUCUACGUCAAUAAGAUGGAUCGAAAUGACGCCAGCUUGGCACUCUCUUUGCAAUCCAUUCAAUCAAAGCUAGGAACUCCCACGUUACCUCUCUUUUUACCUCUAAAAGAAGACAAGAAGUUGGUUGGACUGCUAGACCUGGUCAGCCUGGAGAAAUGUGUCUGGGAAGGGGAGCAAGGGGAAAUGAUAUCCCGGAGGCCACUCACCCCAGCAGACAACAGGUUGUGGGAGGAAAGCGUGGCAGCACGAGAGAGUCUAACGGAUUCCCUUACAGAUCUGGACAGUAGAUUGGCUGACCAAGUCAUAGCCCUGGACUCCCUGGAGGAGGUGACGUCUGUAGAUCUCAUGGCAGCCGUAAGAAGAGUCACACUAUCACAGUCAGGGGUAGCAGUGGUGUGUGGCAGUGCAUACAAGAACGUAGGUGUUCAGGCUCUCAUGGAUGCUGUAGUUCACUAUCUGCCCUCUCCAACAGACUGUACACACUCCACAACAUACAGUCACUUCGGUGACAACCUGGCCGCCAAGGUGUUCAAGGUUACCCACGUCAAACACAAGGGUCCAUUGUCAUUCCUUCGUCUAUACUCUGGCACACUGACAAAGGGUCAAAAAGUGUACAAUAUCAGGCAAGGAAAAAGUGAGCUAUUGACAAAGAUAAUGGUUGUGGAAGCUGAUGACUUCGAGGAAGUUCAGGAAGUAACUAAAGGAAACAUAGCUGCAGUAUCAGGACUACAGUCCACAGUUACCGGUGACCUGUUGACGUCCAGUUUAUCUGCAGCAAAUGCAGCUAAGCGGAAUUUAAGCAAGGAAGCAAAAAUUACUGAAGAAGAGGCUGAAGAGCGAUUCAACAUCAGUGCUGUCGUUCCCGAUCCUGUUUUCUUCUGUUCCAUAGAACCUCCUUCACAGGCUUACCAACAAAGAAUGGACGAAGCAUUGGCAGAGCUUCAACGUGAAGACCCCAGUUUGCGGGUGUCGUUUGAUGAGGAAAUUGGCCAGACUGUUCUAGCAGGUAUGGGGGAGCUUCACUUGGAGGUGAUAAGGGAGCGAAUCCGUUCUGAAUAUAAAAUAGAAGUGGAUUUGGGGCCAAUGCAAAUAGCCUACCGAGAAAUGCUGCUAGCCCCCAUGACUGAUACGCUUGUAGUCAACCAUACCAUUGGUAAUCACAAGCACAGUGUGAAGGUGACCUUGUCCCUACUGCCGGAGAAGAGGAAGGACCUGUUAGUGCUAGACAGGAGUAAGGACAGUGCAGAGAACAUGGCUGCAAUCCAUCCUAGGCAACUGAAGAGCAUAAGGCAGGGAGUGACUUCUGGACUUGCCCAUGGUCCCAUCAUCGGCUCGCCUGUCAGUCUCUUUCUAGUCUAUGUUAUAAGAUAUGGGAUAUUGAGAACACAGCAUUUAGAUGCUGGUCAUUUUGGCAGCAACUGUUAUGGUUUUAAUCUUAACCUUAUAUCUGGUAGUUGAAAAACCUGUAAUGGC